AUGUUUAACUUACAAACAGGACCGAAAGAAGUAUUUCCAUAUAACUACUACAGCAGUGUUUUGUUAGCAAAUGACAACAGAACUGGUGUCAUUUCUGAAGCAUGUAAGUUUAUCCGGGAUGCAGAUACAUUUAUGAAAAACAUAGAUUCCAUCAAAGGUUGCAGAAUAGAUGAGAACCACUUCGACUUAGAAAAAUAUAGCACGUUUUACUGCAAACAAGAUGUAAGAAUUUUAAGAGAAGGUUUUGUAAAGUUCCGCAAUGACUUAUUGAAAGAGUUUGAUUUAAACGUUUAUGACUACGUUAGUAUUUGUUCAAUUGCUAACAAAUUGUUUGAGAACAGAGUAUACUUCCCGAAUGGAAAUCUUUAUGACCUCUCAAAUAAACCAAGAGAAUUUAUUUCGAGAUGCAUUCAAGGUGGAAGAUGUAUGUUGUCAGAUAACAUGAAACAAAAGAGCAAAAAGAAACUCAUUGCUGACUUCGACACUGUUUCAUUAUAUCCUUCAGCUAUAGCAAGACUUUAUACUUUAGAAGGUAUUCCAAAAGUAUUGAAGGAAGAAAUGUUAAGCACAGAGUAUCUCAUGAGACAUUUAUUCGAUGAUGACCAAAAGGAACCCAUUGGUGAAAAGUUUAUGUCUGGCUUCUUUGUUCUCAUUAAGAUAACAGAGAUUGGUAUACCCAGACACUUUCAUUUAAUAGUUUGCGACCCUGAACUAAAUCCAGAACUUAACGUUCCAAGAAGUUCAAACACUUGCUGUCUCAUGUAUGUUGACCAUAUAACAUUACAAGACCUCAUAAAAUAUCAAGGUGUCAAAUGUGAAGUGUUGCAAGGAUACUAUUACGAUGGAAACAGAGAUAUGAGAAUAAGAGAUGAAGUAAAGAAGUUGUUUGAGUUAAGGUUAAAGUAUAAGAAAGAAGAAAACCCCUUACAAGAAAUUAUAAAACUCAUUCUGAACAGCAUUUAUGGCAAAACUAUUCUAUCUCCUAUUGAGUCAAAAAUAACCAUAG